AAUUGCGUCACAUCCUCUUCCUUUACAAUUUCGAGGGGCCUACGCGAAACAAGAAAAUUCCUGCUUUAUGCUGUGAAGUUAUGUCCCUCCGCCUUGAGUAGCGUUGAUCUGCGCUAAAUUGCGACAUGCUUUCUCAGGAGACCAGCCAUGCACAGCGUGUGCUGUCCGCCCUGAACCAGCAGAGGGCAGCAGGUGGAUUUUGUGAUGCCAUGUUGAAUGUGGGCGAUGGGGUGGUAUAUUUGGCCCAUCGUAAUAUUCUUGCCUGUUUCAGCGAGCUUUUUGAAGACUCUAGAAUGCAGUCCAUACCAUGCAUGGAGAUCUGCCUUCAAGACUGUCCCAAUGAUGGCCUCGAGUUACUGUUAAACUUUGUCUACACUGGAGAGCUGAAACUGGAUCCUGUCAAUCUGGAGAAGGUGCAGCAUGCAGCCACCAGCCUGUGUGUACCAGAGGCACUUGCGCUCUGUCAGCGUUAUGUGGAAAGCUCCUCAGAAACUGUGCCUGUGAAGAGGAAAAGAGGUAGACCUAAGAAGGCAGCUGCAAACUCCAGUUUUUCAGUCAAGGAGGAAAAAGCAAUUGAAAUCACAAAAGAUGAACCCAGCUUUUGUACAGCAGCAACUGCUGCCUCCACCACAACUGCUACUACUACUUCUACUAUUACCACUACUUCUAAUACUAUUUCUACGACUACUCGCUCUGGCCGCAAAGUCCGGGGCCCCAGGAGACUGGUUGGUGAGAACUCCACCACAGACUAUACACCACCAGAGAAAACCAUUAAGUCGACCCGGCCUAUUCCAGUGGAAAAAGGACGUUGUGAUAAAGUUGUUGGGGCUCGAAGCUUAUUUCUGCCCUCAAGCGAAUCAGAGGUGACUGAGUUACAGAUUGAUUUAAGUAGCAAUGGUGUCAGUCCUGGGAAUGAAGAUGAGGAUGAUGGGGAUUUUGAGGGGCUCAAUCCAGACUCAGAGGAGGAGUAUGUCCCGAUUGCCCAGGCCAGCCCCACAGCCCCAUCAACAUCAACAACUCGGAGAUGCAAAGUCCAAAGUAAAGUGGUCAAAAAAGAGAAUGGAAAGGCCAUCAGAGGAGACCCCAAUAAAGACUCUGUGCUGUGUCCCACUUGUAACAAAACUUUCCGCAGCAAGUAUUAUCUUAAAGUCCACAACAGGCGACACACUGGUGAGAAGCCAUUUGAAUGUCAGAAGUGUGAUAAAAGAUACUUCAGAAAAGAGAAUCUCUUGGAGCAUGAGUCCAGAAACUGUGCAAGGGCACAUACAUACUCUUGCCCGACGUGUGCCUCUACAUUCAGUAGAAAACAAGAGUUACGUUUGCACAUUAUCUCCCACACAGGGGAAAUGCCCUACAAGUGUUCUUCAUGUCCUGAGCAAUUUAUGCUCAAAAGGGAUUUGACAAUUCAUAUGAUCAAAAGCCAUGGCUUUCCCAAACCACAUGCGUGCACAGAGUGCACCAAGUGUUUCCUGACCAGCACGGAGCUGCGCGUGCACGAGGCAGCCAAGCAUCGAGGCGAGAAGCCGUUUGUGUGCGAAGAGUGUGGCCACCGAGCCUCUAGCCGAAAUGGCCUACAAAUGCAUAUCAAAGCCAUUCACAGAAAUGAACGUCCAUUUGUAUGUAGCUUCUGUGGCCAUGCAUUUACCCAGAAGACAAAUCUGAACAUGCAUCUGCGUGUACACACUGGUGAGAGGCCCUACCAGUGUCAUCUCUGUGGCAAAACAUUCAGGACGCAAGCCAGUCUAGACAAACACCACCGGACACACACAGGUGAGCGUCCCUUUAGCUGCGAGUUCUGUGAGCAGCGCUUCACAGAGAAAGGCCCACUUGUCCGCCAUAUUGCCAGUAAGCACCAGGAGGGCCGCCCCCACUGUUGUCACAUAUGCGACAAAACCUUCAAAGCCAUGGAGCAGCUCCGUGUCCAUCUGCGUCGUCACAAGGGCAUGAGGAAGUUUGAAUGUAAAGACUGUGGCUACAAGUUUACCCGCCAGGUAGGCUGUGAACUACUGCAUAUCCCUGUGCUCACCCAGGACACGCAUUUAUUUGUAACUGGUAUAUACAUUUUUCUUCAGGCUCACUUGCGGCGUCACACUCUCAUCCACAAACGCACCGAAAACUACAACCCCCGACAGAGAAAGCUGAGGAACGUGAUAGUGCAGGAAGAGGAGAAAGGCCAGAGUGAGAGUGGAGUGACUGUAACAUCUGGGGCAUCACAGGUCACCGAAGAUAAAGACCUUAUUCCACAGACCCAUGCAUUUCAGGAAGCCCCGAACCCAACGCCCAUCUCUGGUCCUAGUCUUGAUCCCAGUAACACAGUCAAGGUGACGAUCCAGACUGGUGAGGCGGUGAUGGAGGGGAUUGUGUCCAGCCAGAACCAGGGGCACAGCCAGGCAGCGGGGGACUUCAUGAUGUCAGAUGUCUUGCAGCAGACCCAUCUUGUCACUGAGGGGUAUGAAUCCACGAUGGUUGUGGACAGUAUAUCAGAGAGCAAAACCUGAAGACUAAAAAGCUAGUCAGCAUGUGAAGCUCACUCAGAGAUAAGGUGACAUUAUAGUUGCAAUAUCCCCCAAAGGAUUUUUACCCAUUAUGCAAGAGAUGGUAAAGCACAGCCUAUAACGUUGGGCCUUAAGUGAUGAUCAGAAGACAGGAAAAUUGAUAGACAACUCAACCUCGGUUAUAACGCUCAUACUUUUAUUGGUGAAGUGAAAUGCAUGCCUAUGAGGGUUGUUCUUUGUAUAAUUGUAUUGACUUUUUUUUGUUUUAUUAAGCCACCUUUUAUCAAUGUGCAUACUGUGAGCGGACUUGGGAAAAUUGGUAUU